AUGGACGGUGGAUCCAAAAACUACAACCCCUAUGGCGGUGCAGGUGGAGGCGGCGGCUUCAUGUCCGGCGAGACUAACAGUCCCUCUGGAGGCAAGAAUGGGGGUGGUGACAAUAAGACUCUCCGUCCUGUGACAAUUAAGCAGAUCAACGAUGCAACCUCCCCGUACCCCGAGGCGCCUUUCCAGGUCGACAAUGCAGAUGUCGCCAAUGUGCUCUUCAUAGGCCGGGUGCGCAACAUCAGCAAGCAGAGUACCAACAUCACAUAUAUCGUCGACGACUAUUCAGGCCGAGUGGAGGUCAAGAAAUGGGUUGACGCGGCAUCCAUGGACAUCGAUGAGACGAAGGGCGACAUUCAGCUCGGAACCUAUGUCCGUGUUCUCGGUGCAAUCAAGUCAUUCGGCAACAAACGAUACAUUGCUGCUCACAGCUUACAGCCGGUGACGGACGUGAAUCAAUUCUUCUGCUCUAUGCUCGACGCUACCGCCUCGCACUUGUUCUUCACUCGGGGCCCCCCUGGUGGUGAUAGUAACGCCGCCGGCGCCAGUGCUGCGGGAAUGGAAGGAGGAGAUAACUACAAUGGUCAUGACAGAGUCCUUUCCAGCCUGAGCCCCUUCGCGAGGGAUAUGUACAAUCUCUUGAAGACGGAAUCUCACGAUGCCACCGGUCUUCAUUUGCAGACAAUUGCGUCGAGGCUGGGGCUUCCUGCCAUGGAUAUUGGCAAGGCUGGUAACGAGCUUCUCAACGCGGGCUUGAUAUUCUCUACGCUAGAUGAGGAAACAUGGGCUAUCCUCGACUAUUAG